UAACGAAAUAGUUCUUUAAUUUCUUAAAGAUUCGUCCGAAAACUGUUGCUUGCCAAAUUUACAUUCCUUGUUUUGCAUACACUUUCCAAUGCUGGAUUUUCCUUAGCCUUUUUUUUUCCUUUCUCUCUCUCAGAAAAUGUAAAAUCCCUCUCGCGCACUGCUCACAAAUACUACGUAUAUUGCUGUGCAGUCAUUCAGACUCAGUGUGAGGAAAAAUUGUUCAAUUUCAUUCGAUUUUUCAUUUUUUGUUCGCGCUCAAAGAAAUAUAGAAUAACAAAUUCAUAGUGCUUUAGUUUGAAUCAUUUGAGUGUCGCGAACUGUUCGCUGAUAUUUUCGAUAAUAUUUGAGCUAUCAAGAAAAAAUAAACAUGUCUUAAAGCUGAUUAAUAGGAGUAUCUCUGACUCUUAUGUAAGGAAGAAAAGAAAAGGAGAAAAAAUGCAUCAACAUUCAAUCGAUGAUCGUUGAAUAGACAAUAGUAGUGAAAUAUUUUUUUUCUUUAUCCGUUUUUUUUUCUUUCGUUUCUCAAAGAAAAUAUUUCUAUCAUUUUUCAACAAGUGAUUUAUUAUUAAAAAUACAUAUAUUAAACAAAAGAAAGAAGGAGGAAAAGUGUGCAAAGAUUUUUCAGUGUUUUAAACAUGUCAGUGGAAAAUUUCAGAGGUGGACGUCGUGGAAUCAGGAAUAUUAAUCGCACUGAUAGUGAACUGGCAUGCGAAGAGGCAGCACGACUAACAGCUGAAAUACACGAGACAGAUGAUGACGAUGAAAUUAAUUAUAAUGAAUUACCUCCACCUCCAGACGGGGGCUAUGGAUGGAUUAUUGUGAUAGCGUCAUUCUGUUGUAAUAUGAUUGUUGAUGGAAUUGCGUACACAUUUGGUGUCUUUUUGAAUGAAUUUGUAGCAUAUUAUGGGGAGGGUCCUGGAAAAGUGGCGUGGGUCGGUAGUCUUUUAAGUGGAAUGUAUUUAACAGCAGGUCCAGUAGUUUCUGGUCUUUGCAACAAAUUUGGAUGUCGAGCGGUGUGUAUAGCUGGCAGUAUAUUGGCAUGUACUGCAUUCGUACUUAGUACAUUCAGCACGAGUGUUAAUAUGUUAAUGUUGACGUAUGGUGUGAUGGGAGGAAUUGGAUUUGGAAUGAUAUAUUUACCAGCAGUAGUACUUUGUGGUUUGUACUUUGAGAAAAAGCGAUCGCUAGCAACUGGAAUCGCUGUGUGUGGGUCAGGUUUUGGUACAUUCGUAUUUGCACCGCUUGCUACAUUUUUGCUUGAGCAGUUUGGAGGAUGGAAGGGUGCCAAUUUAGUACUUGCUGGAAUUAUUUUAAAUUGUGCAAUCUUUGGAGCAUUGAUGCGCCCACUAACAUAUCCAAAGAAGAGUAAGGAGAAACCAUUGAUGCAGAGGAUGUAUGAGGAAAAAAGACUUCAAAUGGAACGCGGAUCAAUUACAGGAUCGUAUUUCACAGUAACAAUGCCCGACGGAACAAUAAAGCAAAAACUAAAGUUGCCUCUCAAUGUUGAUCCUGGUGUUCAUUCAAGCUUAGCACUUGAUCAACUGGCACAAAAUCAAAUGCAUCCUGUUGCAACAUUACCGACAAUUUCUGAAUCCAAAGUAGUUAAUUCUAAUGGAAAUGGCACAAGUGUUGAAGUACAAAGUCCUCCCGAUGUCAAAAACAUCACUAGACAGAGGAAUAGAAAUUCAGAAUCUGAUGCUGCUGGAGAUAACUUAGCAGUUGACAAUAAUAAUAUACCAAGAAAUGCUAGUCAACCCGUCUUUUCAUCUCAAGGAACGGGAAUUCCAAAGAAUGGAUCAGUUCCGACAUUCCGAGCUAGAAAGUCAUCUGAAUCAGGGAGAUAUCAGCCGUCAUUGAACCCAAUAAAAUCCUCAUCUCGCGGUGACAUGGACGGAACAAAUGGUGAUGUAUGUACUCAAAAAAGACAUUCAAGAGGAUCAAUAGGCAGCAAAUAUUCCGACGAUUUCGAAUUCACAUCAAAGACGUCAUUAAGCCACAAACCGCAAAUGGUACGUCCAAUGUCAAGAAAAGAUAUCUUCUAUUCUGGGUCAGUUACAAAUUUGAAGGAAUAUCAGUCACAAAAAUCAUUAGCAGAGUAUCGAAAUUCGGUACUAUCGCUUCCGCGUUUUGAAAAAGAACAUCGACAUGAUACCUCGCAAUAUCAUGACGUUGAAAGUGUCUCAGUCGAUCCGUGCCCUUGUUUGAAUCUUCCACCGGCAUUUAAAGCCGCCUUAUCAUCUAUGUUAGAUGUUAGUCUAUUACGUGACCCAGCAUUCAUGUUGAUCGCAAUUUCAAACUUGUUCGGUAUGGCUGCACUUUAUAUUCCAUUCUUUUAUCUCGUAUCAGCUGCGGAAGCGAAUGGCAUUGAGAAAUCCCAAGCUCCAUUGCUUAUAUCAGUUAUCGGAAUAACAAAUACAUUCGCUCGUAUCGUUUGCGGAUAUGUUGCAGAUUUUCCAUCAGUUGAUUCUCUAUUUCUCAAUAAUAUUUGCCUCGUUAUUUGUACCAUAUCAGUUGGAUUAACUCCCUUAUGCUCAAGCUUUACUAGUUAUAUAAUUAUGGCCUUUUUCUUUGGAUUGGCCAUUGCUGGGUACAUUUCAUUGACUUCCAUUAUUCUUGUGGAUCUUCUUGGACUCGAGAAGCUUACAAAUGCCUUUGGAUUAUUAAUUCUCUUCCGUGGUAUUGCAGCAAUAAUUGGCACACCUCUUGCUGGAGCGAUAUAUGAGGCUACACAUAGCUAUGAUAUUCCAUUUUACACAGCAGGUGCUUUAUUCGGUUUAUCAGCGAUUGCAAGUUUCCUUGCUCCUGUGGCAGCAAGAUGGAGAGAACAGCCUGAAAGUCCAAUACAUGUUGAAGUUCUUACACCAAUCGAAGAGAACGACGAAUAUGAAUAUGAUGAAAAUGAUCAACCAAUAACAAUGAUUCCAAAAAUUGUCAAAACAGCACCAUCGCCCUCAUCAGAACAACCGCCAAAAAGAAUAGGUGGCGAUACUAAAGGCAAAGAACUGAAUCAAAUGGAAUCGGUUCUGUAAAAAAUAAUAAAUGUAAUUAAGUAGUCACUUCUAACUUCUAUUGUACAUUUUUAUUUUUUCUGUUAAUUAACAUUUAAGAGAAAGAAAUCGAGCCUCAUUUGUUAUUUAAAAAAAAAUUCAUUAUAAUUUUUUUUCUUUCCUUUGUUUUAUGCUGUUCACCUUUUUUAUUUUUUAUUUGCUGAUGAAUCUUUUUGUUUUCAGUUAAUAAGGCUUGAAAGUGCGCGUGAGUAAGAUGGAGAGAAUGGAAAUGUUGUAAUAAUUUUUUAAAUUAUUAGUAAUUCUAUUUUACAUGUUGAUAAUUAAAUUAUUAUUGCUCUAACUUAUUUCAAUUAUUAUAAAUAUUAUAAUUUUAACAGAAAGCCAACAAAAAAGAAAAAAAUAUCUUUGCUUAAGUGAGUUAAUUAAAGCCAUAGUAAUAAUAACUAAAUGAGAAUCAAUAGCUUUUAGAAAAAAUUAAAUCUGAUUGAAUGAACUUGAAUGCUUACGAAAAUAUUGAAAGCUACAGUGAAGCAUAAGAGACAGAUAAUGCAACCUGAAAUAAUUAAUUUUAAGAACAUAAUAAAGAUGAGGUAUAUUUUGCUAGGACAUAAAUAUCUAUUAUAAUUUUAAGAAUUUGAUAAGGAACUUAACAAAUUCAAAAGAGGAUGUUCACAUAUGAUGUCCAACUUUUGAGGUAGUCUAAAGACAUCAAAACUUCUAGAUUUUUUUUACCAAAAUUUAGUGGAUGAGAGGAUAGAGAUCUAAAAAUUAAUUUGGAUGUCAUGUGUGAACGAUCUAUGUACAUGUGAAGUAACUGAAUUCGUCAAACUAUCAUAUAUUUAUUGAAUUGCUUUGUUCUCAACAUAUCUAUUGGACGAAAGAAGAUAGACAUUUAGCAUUGUUAUCAAGAUUAUUUGUGGAUGCUAUUAGCAAACAGUUAACUUGAGGCUAUCUUACUAGACAGCUAUUUUGGAGUCCUAAAUGUAUUUUUUACAGUACAGAUUAUUUAACCAUAUUCAGCAUACCCAGAUAAGCUUGACAACAAGCUAAUAAAUGAAACUUAUUUAAGAUAAGAAAAAAACAUGAUUAAGUAUGGCGAAAAAUAUACUUUAUUUUAUAAUAAUUUCUUUAGAUCUUGAUAUGCAAUUCCUAUUAUGUAUUCCAAAAAGUCAAGCCCUUAUUUUUGAGUUAAUAGAACUGGUUUAAAAAUAUUCUCAAAAUUAUUUUUAAAUUAAUUUAAAGAUUUAUUGUGGUGUUAUUAUUAUAAUUUUAAGUUCAAAAUUGACAUAUACGGAAAAUUCUAUAAAUACAAGUCAAUAAAAAUUUUAUAGAUUGUUUAUGUUGUUAGAAUCCUGCAAUUCUAAUUCCUUAAAAAUUGAAUUGGAUUCUAUGGAAAUUGAAUAAUUUAUAAAUUGUUGGUUUACCGAACUUCGAGAACUUCAACCCACACCAAAUUCAUCACAUAAAUUACCCAUUGAAUGUUUUUAGCAUUAAAGAAUUUGAUGCUUUAAUCAUUUCAUAUCUUUAUAUCAAAUCUCAUCAAAUCGCUUUUUGAGACAUUUUUAUUUUUUUCAUAUUAUUUUCUUAUUUCCAAAAAUAAUUAAAAUAUAAAAGGAAUUGAUGUUUUCGUAUUAUCAUUUUUUAAAAAAAUAUUUGCAUCUCAUAUUUCAAGAAACUGUUGAAUAACUCUUUAUAAAAACAAAGUAUUUGAAUCGCUUGAUAGACCUUGAAAAAAUAAACAAUGCAAAAAGAAAUAAAUUAACUUACAGAUUUCCACUAACAAAAUGCUUCUCAGAAUUUCCUCAAUCAAUAUUUCUUAACAUAGAUAUGGCAACAAAAAACGAUGCACUACUAAACAGUUAAUAAAACACGAAUAACAUAAUGAAAUAAAACUUGAAAAUCCCGAUAUUGUGAUAUGCUUAAUUGAUUGACUCAAAAUAUAAUUUAUCAUCUGCAAGACGUUACUUACAACUUAAUAAUAAGCUAACAUUUUAAAGAUUAUGUUUGGUGCACAUUCCAAGUCACGAGAACUUUUCUAUCAAGGAUUGUCCUUAGUGGUUUUCUCUAAUGCAUCCCUUGGAUAUGCACCUAGAUGAUGCGGAACAAGAAGUUUCGAUUCUCAAUCAUGAUGAUUUUGCUUUAAACUGACUGGUGUGCAAUACGAUUUUCUUCCCAGAUAAAUCAUCUAGGCUCAAGAGUGUAAUAAUGUAUUGAAGUUUAUUGGUCCAAAUUUAUUGGUCAUUGAUUACAUUCUAAGUCAUAUGAAUAUGUAAAUUUCCAUUAGACUCAUUAGACUUGCAAUGAGCAAUUUUCAAAAUAAUUGAACAAACUUGCAGAAGUCAUAAUAUUGCAUGAUCAAGCUCAAAAAAAAAACAAUCAUGCUUGAAAACUUUGCGCUUCUUGAAACGCAUAUAUAAAAGUUAAUUAAGCUUUAAAGCUAGUGAGUAUCAUGAAAUCUCCAUUUCUGGCAUUAACUAAGAUUGAGAAUAAAAAAUAAAAUUAAAAGAAGAAGAAGAAAAAACUCAAAGUUAUAAUUAAAGACAAAGCAAAUAGUUGGUUCCAAAGAGUAAUGAUGAGUGUCUUAACUUAUAAAAAUAAUAAUUUUAAUAAAAAUUUAAUUUUUCUUCUUGUUUUCUGUAAGUGACACACACAAAAAGAAUGAAAUAAAGGAAAUGUUUGAAAAACGUGUGUAGGAUAUUUAAUGGAAAAACAAAAAGAGAAUUGAUGAUGAAGAUAUAAAGUAAAAGAGUUGUUUAUUCUAUGUCAAUUUAUAAAUUUUAUUUUAUAAUGAGAAAAAAAUGGUAGGAUUUUAUGAAGAUUCAUAUGUUGUUAGUUAAGAAUG